GGAGAGGCUCUGAAUGGCAGAUGUUGACAGUAAGACAACAUCAGUUGAAGUGUGUACAAUCUCAAUGUGAUGGUCCAAGCGAUGGUCCAUGAAAAAGGCUAUCUGACCUGGAAAAUGGGGCCACUCCAGACACAGCUAUGCCAAGGAGAAUACGGAUUGUUCAAGUUUUCCCCUAUGUUUGAAAGUAACUUUGUCCAGAUCAACAAGCAAGGGCAGACAAGCCAGAUCCACAACCAGGAAGAAAUUGUGACGGUCGCCAUUACCUCGAAAAGCCCUCUCCUAUUGAUUCCCGAUGUGCUGCUCGUGGCUCGGCCCCUCGGCCCUCCGGAAGAGCAUACGCCGAAACUCAAAAGCAAGUCCCCUCGUCACCCUCCAACGAGAUACGAGCUCACAAGGUUGCUUCCUUUGCGCUUGGUCAAGAUCACGAUCCAUGACGCAGAACGACAACAGCUGCGGUUUAAACUAGCAAAUGGCCGGACUUUCUACCUCCAGCUGAGCCCGGAUUCCAAAAGGCAAGAAGACCUUUUUGACGCCUGGAUCAGGAUGGUGCAACUGCUGCGGCGAACUUCGGAAGCCACUCUUAGUGAGAAGAAGGAGCAGCAGACAAAAGCAAAGGGCCAAAGAAAGCCCCAGGAAACGCAACGGGCUGCGAAGCAGAGCAAAUCUUCUCGACGCAGAACUGCAACCAAGAGCAGUCACUAUCCUCCCAAAAGGGCCAGAACGCGUCAGAAGGAGGUCAAGAAGAGACGCAAGCCACCCCCGUCUUCGGAGAGCAUCACCAGCCCUCCGGUCGCCACCCCACCUUCCAAAGUCAAGUCUGGGAAAGCACAAGACCCUCAUCCAUCCCCAGAAAGGGAGGAGGUGGCAGAAAAACAAGAGGGCCAUCAAACUCCUUUUAGCAAAUUGGAGGAGGAGGAAGAGAUGACAGAAGCAACGAGCGAGAAGACCGAGGCAAUCUCCACCCCCAGCAACUCAGCUACCAAGGAGAGCAGCUCUCAGCCCAAGCGAAAACCUGAUCCCAAGGUGGACCCUGGCAAUCAAAGCAGGUCGGGACAAAGAGGUACCGCCCGAAAGCCAAGCAAAUUUUUUGCCCUCCUCAGAGCCUGCUACCCAAAAAAGGACAAGCGAGGCACCAAAGCUCAGGGGGAAAGGAAGAAAAGUUAAGCAGAGAGAAGCAAAACAGCUGGAAACCUCAGGAGUAGAAGAAUCUACCUCGUUCCCCCAUGAAUUUCCCCCCCCCGUGAAUUCUAAAUGUAAUAAAGAU